CGCAGGAGAGGCAUGGCGGCGCCCCUCAGCCCCCCGCCGCCGCCGCCGCAGCCGCCGCCUCCUCCAGUCAGCGGCCGGGGCUGGGGGCGGGUUGUUAUGAGGAACAACAUGGAGACUGAUAUCUAAAUCACAGAAGUGCUGUACACAUAUAAAGACAAUCUACAAGGUGGAUGGAUUGUGACCAACUCAAAGGAGAGAAAGGACCAUCUGCCAAGUCUAAAGAAGCCAAUAGCAGCAAGCAUCAUCAUCAGUUAAGAUCAGCUUGUCAAUUUCUGCAGAAAACUAGGUGGGAUUUUGCUAGCAAUUGUGUUGAAUUUGUAGAGCACUUUGCGCAAACCCGCGUCAGCAUUUACUGCUGAGGGGCAGAGGAGGUGGCGGCCACGCCCACACCCGUGCCUGCAGCCUUUAGGCUCCGCCCCAGCCUCGCGCAGCGGAGCGAAUAAAGUGGAUGCCUGGGGCGUGAGGGUGCACCGGAUGAGGUAGCUCUCGCGGGAAGUUGAGUAGUUACCUUGGCAACGGCGUCGUGGUCUCCAAAGAUGGCAGGGCGAAGUCCUGGCCUCAGGAAACAGACCGCGUCAGGAACUCCGCUCCCGCCACGCAUUCAGCAAUCUACUACACCUCGACGGGACCUCCUCGCCAAGGAGGAAGAAUAUAAGCGUUUAAAUGCAGAAUUGGAGGCAAAAACAGCUGAUCUUGUUCGACAAGCUGAAGAAGUAAUAAGAGAUCAGCAAGAAGUACAAUCUAGGCCUAUUUCAACACAAAUUAAAUCAUAUGAAGUGGAAGAUGACUACAGUUUAAGAGGUCUGUUAUCAUCUGAAGGGACAGUUCAUCUACAUUCAGAAACUAAGCCAAAGACCAAAAAUGUGGAUCCAGUAAACAAGGUUCAAAACAAACUACACUCUGCAAAUCAAGCAAGGAAAACAAAUUCAAGUGUAAAAUUGAAAUACUCUGUACGAACUGCCAGUGAUGUUGCCACUCUGGAUGAUUUCUCAGACUUUUCUCUUGCAAAAACAGUUAGCAAAAUUGAAGGGCAACUAGAAGAAGAAGGCUUACCUGAUUAUAUAGAUGAUGAUAUUUUUUGUGGUGUUAGUAAAGACAUUGGCACAGAAGCUAAGAUCAGAUUUCUGAAGGCCAAACUCCGUGUUAUGCAGGAGGAAUUGGAUAAUAUUGUAUGUGAAUGCAACAAAAAGGAGGAUGAAAUUCAGGAUUUAAAAUCUCAAAUAAAAAAUUUUGGAGAAGAUUGUGUGAGACAGCAGCGAACAAUUAAUUUGCAACAGUCUCAAGCAGAAAAAUAUAAAAUUCUUUUCGAAGAAGCAAACAAAAAAUGUGAUGGAUUGCAGCAACAGCUGUCUUCAGUAGAAAGGGAAUUAGAAAAUAAAAGAAAACUACAAAAACAAGCUGCCACUAGUCAAAGUGCCACAGAAGUUCGCUUGAAUAGAGCUCUAGAAGAUGCAGAAAAGUAUAAAUUGGAGCUAAGUAAAUUAAGGCAAAAUAACAAGGAUAUAGCCAAUGAAGAACAGAAAAAAAUUGAAGCAUUAAAAUCAGAAAACAAGAAGCUAGAAAAACAAAAGGGAGAAUUAAUGAUAGGGUUCAAGAAACAAUUAAAAUUAAUUGACAUUUUAAAAAGGCAGAAGAUGCAUAUUGAAGCUGCCAAGAUGCUGUCUUUCACCGAAGAGGAAUUUAUGAAGGCACUUGAUUGGGGAAAUUCUUAAGUGAUCUACUCUAAUCAGUCUCUAGAACCAGCAGUGUGUGGUGGGUAUACGUAAUGUGUAAUGGUUUGAAUUAUUUGUACUAGUAAGUAAUAAAGAUAUUUGAUAAUGAAAUCAAAAGAAUUCCCUGUUUAUAUUGGGGGGAUACAACAUUGAUAUGUAAUUUAAAGAAAAUAUUUGGUAAAAUAAAGCAAUAGGAAUUUAACUUUUGAUUUUGCUGUCUUUCUUUUGACCUAGUAGCCCUUCCUCAGCUGCACUUGAAUAGAAAGUAUUUUAUGUUCUGGAGAUUUAGCUCUAGUUAGUUAAUUUAGUGUAUCUGAGAGGAAUUGUCUUUAGUAUCUUAUUGACAAUUAAGCACUUUGAAAAGUCUCACCUAUUACUUUUCUCCUCCUUUAUGGUAGACAGAAAAGGUGCUUUUUUAAAAAACAAAAAAGUGUUUUAAAAAAUAUUUACAUUUAAAAAAUUAAUGUUUAAAAACAUAUACCAUGUGAAUAUGGACUUAACUUUGGAUUAGUGUGCUAGGGUUGCCAUAAGGAAGUACCACAGACUGGGAGGCUUAAACAACAAACUUUCUCCCAGUUCUGGAGGCUGGAAGUCUGAAGUCGGGUGUCAGCAGGGUUGGCUUCUUCUGAAGCCUCUCUCAUUGGUUUUUGGAAGGCCAUCUGGCUCCCCCGUAUCAUCAUAUGUCAGAAAAAUAUGAUUUAAACCCAAAUUAAUUCUAAAUACCUAUUUCCCUGGCCAAAAAAUCAGGGAAGUAAAAUUCCUAAACACAGAACUGUAGCCUGAAUGGAAAUAUAGAAAAGUUCUGAACAGUAGGAGUGGUAUAGAGAAGUUAGUCUCCUGGGUUUAGCCUGUAUACCAGCGGUGCCAAAAAAAUGUAUAUACAUGACUUGUAUGCAUCUUUUGUUAUCGGUAUAUAUUGAAUAUUACAAUUUUAAUAAUUUUUUCCUUUUUUAAAAUGUGUAUACAUUUUUUUGGCACCCUCUCUAUAUUGCUAUAUAUGGAGUGUUAUAAUGUGGUGUUAUAAAACUCAGAUCCUCAAAUUAUUCAGUAAUUUUAAUUUUUAUCAGAAAGCAAAUGUUUUCUUAUAGAUAACUGUUUACAAAUGAUGAUACAGAGAUAUUUU